AUGUCUAUUAAGAAGUGCUGUCAGUCUCUUCAACAAUUAUGGGAAGAUAUUUCAUCAGUUUUCGUUAAUUUUGUGGAAAGAAUAUUCUUCGUACUUGGUGUUGGUAUAGCGAAACAUCCAUGGAGAACAAUAAUAAUAGCAUGGGCUGUUGUGCUCUUAAGCUGUUUUGGUUUAUUCAGAUUUUACAUCGAAAAGAAUCCCUUCAAACUCUGGGUACCACCUGAUUCAGAUUUUUUUAAGGACACCAAUUGGUAUAUAGAUAAAUUUGGAACUACAUUUAGGUUUCAGAAAAUUCUUGUGACUGCAGACAAUGUUCUGGAACCAGAACUUUUUAAAACAAUCCUAAACAUUACAAAUGAAGUGAAUUCUCUGACUAUAACUUAUAAAUCUGAGACUUAUACAAUGGAAGAUUUCUGUUACAAAGUUCCUGUUGUAAACUUUUAUAGCACAAAUUCGAAAAGUGGAUCUGAAACUGGUGUAAAGGCACGUAGGGCAGUGUCAAAAAAUAAAAAAAGUGACAGUGAAUAUAGUGAUCCAACUCUAUGGGUUGAUGAUGAAUUUUAUUGUGGGUUUAUAGAUAAUUUUGCAUUAACUUGUCUUCAGUACAAUGUUUUAGACAUAUGGAAGAGUAAUUCAGAUGUAAUUAACAAUAUAACAAAAGAUGAUAUUAUUACGUCGGUUAAUCAAGUGAAAGUGAAUCCCUUAUCAGGUCAUCCUAUAGAUUAUACUAAGUUAUUAGGUGGUGUAAAAUAUAACAGCACUGGGCACAUAGUAUCCGCAGAAGCAUUGUUAUUUACUUGGUAUACACAAGUCAAUAUGUCUGACGAGGAAAUGAAUGAAGUGGGUAAUUUAGUAGGUACUGAAGAAUGGCAAUCAGUUUCAUUGAGCAUGUGGGAGAAUGAAUUUUUAAAGAAGAUGAAAGAGUUAACUUCUGUAGUUAAAGGAGUGAACUUAUUUUAUGAGGCAGGCAGAAGUUUUGCUGAUGUAAGUGGAGAAACCAUGUUCCAAGAUAUGGAUAAAUUGUUUAUUGGUAUUGUAAUGAUGUUUAUUUAUACACUUAUAGCAGUGUCUAGGUUUAAUUGGCUAGAAAUAAAAUUAACACUAGCUGGUGUAGGUUUAUUGAGUGUAGGGAUGGCUUAUGUAACUGCAGUUAGUUGGUGUUCACUCUUCGGAGUGCCAUUUGGUCCUGUUCAUACAUCAUUACCAUUUCUUUUAAUGGGGCUAGGAAUUGAUGACAUGUUUGUGAUGAAUGCCUGCUGGAAAAUGGUCACAAGUACAAAGUCUACAAAAAGUUUUCCAGUGAAAGUGGGCCUUAUGUUAAAGCAUGCAGGGGUGUCUAUUGUGAUCACAUCAUUUACUGAUGUUGUUGCCUUAUUAAUUGGUGCCAUAACAAUUUUGCCCUCCUUAAAAUCGUUUUGCAUAUAUGGUGCUGCAGGUGUGUUCUUUAUCUUCUGUUACUCUGUAACAUUUUAUGUAGCAAUUUUCUCAUUAGACUUAAGGAGAAUAGAGGAUAAUAGAAAUGGUAUAUUAUUUUGUUACACACAUAAAAGUCCAGUUUCUGUAGCAGAGGACAAAACAAAAAUCCACAAGUUUUUGUCUGCUUUUUAUAAGAAAAUAAUUUUUACUAAACCGGGUAAAACAAUUGUGAUAUUAUUUAUAUUAAUUAUGACUUGUUUUAGCAUACAAUCAACACUGAAGUUAGAACAAAGGUUUGAUCCUAAAUGGUUUAUUCCUGAAACUUCUUAUUAUAAAGAAUUUCUAUCAACACAUGAACACUACUACCCAGAAGAAGGCCAGGUGGCUAUGGUGUUUUUAGGUAAAAUGGAAUACAAUUACGAGUUUAAUAAUAUAAUAAAUAUGCUAAAUGAAUUAAGCAAUACUUCCUAUGUUAUGGAUGUGGAGACAUGGAUGGAACCCUUUUGUGGAUAUGUGUUGAAAAAUUAUAAUCAUGAUUUAAGAAAUUCCUCUGUUACCAAUACUGAAUUUAACAGAUAUCUGUCUAGAUUUCUGUUUAGUCCUAUUGGUGGCAAGUUUCAAGCUAGCUUUCAAUUUCAAGAAUCUUUAGUUUGCGGUAGCCCUGCUAGUGAAAUUGAGGCUUCUAUUAUGUCAUUUAAACUUAAAAAAUUUCGAGGCCCGGAGGAAUAUAUACCAGCAAUGAAUCAUGUUAAAAAUAUUGUAAAAUCUGCUAACAUAUCUACAGGAGAUGGUUACCGCAGUGUUUGGUCCAAAGUAUUUGCUAAUUGGGUAACUGAUGAAAUAAUAGCUGUUGAGGUAGAGAGGAACAUUGAAUUAGCUUUGUUGUGUGUAAUGGCUUGUACCAUUAUACUUAUAACUAACUUACAAAUGUGUUUGUGGAUAUUUAUUUGUGUACUGUUAACUAUAAUAAAUGUUCUAGGAUGGAUGCAAAGGUGGGGUAUGACAGUCGAUAUAGUGUGCUGUAUAGGCCUCGAACUAGCAAUUGGUUUAUGUGUAGAUUAUGCUGCUCAUGUUGGUCACACAUUCUUAACAAUCACAAGUGGCACGCGCAAUGAUAGAGCCUUUAAAACUGUUACUUCUAUUGGUUCAGCAGUUUUAUUAGGUGGUGGAUCUACUCUUCUCUCUUUAUCUCUUUUGAGUAUGUCUAAAGCUUAUACCUUCCAGUCAUUUUUCAAGAUUUUUCUACUUGUUAUCCUAUUUGGUUUAUUCAAUGGUUUGGUAUUUUUACCAGUAAUUCUUUCAUUAGUGGGACCUGAUGCAUACAAAAUGCAUGAAGUUGUUAAAGAUUCUUCACCAGAGACUGUUGAAUUAAAUGGAAAAAAUAAUGAAAAGGAACAUCAUAGCAUUAACACAUGA